AUGGUGAAAGGGCGCCAAGGCGAGCGGGUCAGGCUCUAUGUCCGUGGAACAAUCCUCGGAUACAAAAGAUCCAAAUCGAAUCAGUAUCCGAACACGUCACUGAUACAGAUCGAGGGCGUGAACACGCAGGAGGAGGUAUCGUGGUACCUCGGGAAAAGAAUGGCGUACAUCUACAAAGCCAAGGUGAAGAAGAACGGGUCUCACUACCGCUGUAUCUGGGGGAAAGUCACGCGCCCGCACGGCAACAGCGGCGUGGUUCGCGCCAAGUUCAAGUCCAAUCUUCCCCCGAAAGCAAUGGGAGAUAGAGUGAGGGUGUUCAUGUACCCGAGCAACAUUUGA